CCGAGUUUCCCGUCGAUAGGACGUGUCGAAAAGUGUUAAAGUCAGUUAACGUGAUUCAGUGUGACGGUGAAAAGAGUUUUCUCAGUGCCGACGUUAUUAUAGUGGCCGUUACACAAUGAUAAAAUGAAAUGAUUAACGACGGCUGCGGUCAUGGAGGGUUUCCUACAUCACAUGGCGCCGCAGUUUCUGCAUCCCGCCCUGCAAAGCUUCGGCUGCGGCGCGUUCCGCCCGAUAGGGGGCGCUUUCCACCCGCUCUACCCCGGGAAAGCAUUCGCAAGGCACCUUGGCGAACAGUAUGCUCUUGGACAAAGCGUUGGCCAAGCUUUAAGGAGCGUCCGCGAUGACAACAGCACUCCGCCGCUGUACCGCCACGGGUACACCGUUCGCGAUGACACCAGCUCGCCGGGCUCGGCCGCGUCUGCAUCCCCGCGACCCUGCAAGGACGAGGAACCACCGGCAACCUCCGCGUGCACCGACUCGCAUGAACUGUUUUCACCCGACGGUGAGCGUAAAUCAUCCUGCGGUGUGUGCGGCGCGCGCCUCGGGCCCGGCGUCGCUCAGGCACACUUCCUGCAAGAGCUGCAGCAUCUCUACAGCCUCACUGCGAUACCGCGCGACGCUGCCGCGCCACACUCGCUGCAUCACCAGGACGAAGACGCCCGUUGGGAGACAUACCAACGCAUUCGUGCCAACCGACAAAGGCGGCUGAAGCUGCGUACUCGCAAGCGACACCACACCGUGGAGAGCAUGCUGGGUUAUGACCUCGAAGACGAGAGGCGCGAGGAGCGACCUCGGGAGCCGCGCUCAUAUGACGCUGAGGACGAACCAGUUGACGUUGAGGGGGACUCCCUCGGAUGGCCUGAGGCGGCUAUUAACAUUGAUGAAAAGGGGCAACGCAGUGACGGGGACAAGUUGCACUUGAGUUACACGGAAGAUCUCGAGAUAUCGAGCACCAACGAUACUAUGCAGUCGCCCGAACGCGUGAGGAUUGAGACACCAAAGCCGCUGUCGCUGGAGUGCACGAAGACGGAGAGCGUGGACCGUCCGGCCGAAGUCAGCACAUCCGAGUGGUCAGGCGCGGCCGAAGCCUGGCCCGCACUUGCCGAUGCUUACGCUCACGCACGCCACAAGAUCGACGGCGAAAUGCCUUCGUCUACCAACUCGCGAAACUAACUCCUUUUAUCCAGACAUUGAACCAGUUAUAACCUGACACACGCGACUUCUUUCGCCCUUAGAUCCGGCCCUGUCAUAAAAUCCGUUCUUAGCGAACUCUCGUCUGCUAACGUUUAACUUUUUGUGUCUACUCAUAUACUCGUAGUUAACAGAUCUGUGUGCAUGCAAUACUGUUGGAUGAUCUUAUCCUAAUUCACACGUUCACUGUCCCCAUACAAAGUUAUCUUACCACCCCACAAGUGCCUACUAAUUCCCAAGUAGGUACUAUGAGCCCACAUUGGGCUCACGGGCUUGUGAGGAGAAUUUACCUGAGCCCACUUUGGGCUCACGGACUUGUGAGGAGAAAUAUAUGUGAGCCCACAUUGGGCUCAUUGACUUGUGAGAGAAAAAACUGGCGUGAGCCCAACAUGGGCUCACUGGACUGGGAACGUGUUAACAACCCAUUCAGCUCACUGUUGAGCACGAGUCUCCUCUCAGACUGAAGCCAGGAAUGCUGGCCCAAUGCGGAUUGGUAGACAACACACACGUAGAUAAUUGAGAAAAUACUUAGUUUUGCAGGUUUCUUUAUGAUUAGGUGUCAGACACGUGAUAUUUAAUUUCUAAAAUGCAUAACUGAAAAGUUGGAGGUGCAUCCCCCGGUCCGGAUACGAAUCUACGCCCUCCGAAUCGAAGGCAGAUAUCAUAUCCACUGGGCUUCCUCGGCUCUAUUGCGGUUUAUCCGAUAAUUACUAAACCGAAAAUAAAUCAAAUUCGUUCACAACAGUCUUCGUCUUUGUGAUCAGAAGUGGGAUAACGGCGUUUUCGAAUCUCCACCCUUAGAUAAGCAGCCCUUUUUUAUUGU